AUGCCACAGACACCACGAUCAUGCCGCAUGAGUGACUUCAACAGUGUCUUCUACAGUGGAGGUAGUAAACCUCUGGAGAGAUGGGGCAGCAGCCAACUCCAGACUGGGCAUGGAAAGAUAAUAACCGACAAAGACAUUCGGGGAUUCGUCUUUGAGCUCGUCAGUACAAAUGUUGCCACCGCCUACAUCUACAUCCCCCAGCAACCUGGACAAUCCCUGAAGAUUAAAUGGCCCUUUGUGACGCUCCAACUUCGGAAUCUCAAGAGAUAUUUUGCAUUUGAAAUUCAAGUUCUCGAUGAUCAGGGAAUUCAUCGAAGGCUCACAUUUGCCAAUUACCAGAGAAGAACAAAAGUGAGCAUGUUCUGUACGCAAAUGCCACUCUUUCUGGCUCCCGGAUGGAAUCAAAUUCAACUCAAUUUAGCUGAAUACAUGCGCAGGGCCUACGGUACGGGGUACGUGGAGACAAUUGGAAUAAAAAUUCAUGCAAAUACUCGCCUCCGAAGGAUUUACUUCACACCACGACUCUUUGCGGAUGAGGAAAAACCUUCCUGCUUCCGGGUACGCGUUUUUCCUCCAAUGUACCGGGAGAUGAGAACGAAUUUGUACGGGCAGAUUGAGACGGAACAUCAGCAAAGCCCCAGAUCAGAGACUUCCGUGAAAACUCGAUCAUCUCGAACAUAUUCCAUCAUGAGUUGCACUUCCUGAAUUUGGAUUUUUUUUUAAUUUUCAGCAAAUCAGGCAAAAUUGGCAGUUGGAAUAAAAUUCCAAAUUUGUAAAUUAUUCUUACCGAAAUCCAAGCCAAGUUUACAAUAAAGCUUUUUCUUGUUACUUUCUUUGA